AUGGCUCGCGUUUCCUUCAUCGCUUUACUCGUCCUAGCGCUUUCAUGCGCCGCGUGUGUGUCUGCGGCGAAAGUGGUUCGCGAUGGAACUCUUCAAUGGACUCUCAUCACCCAGGCCCUGCAGAAGGGAGGCCAGCACAGCACCUAUCUAUCCAUCGUCAAGAAAGCAGGCACCAAGUGGAUCACGGACUACCUCUCCACCUCCACCACUGGCUUCACCUGCUUAGUGCCAUCAAACGCGGCGUUCAAGGUUCAAAAGGCUACCAUCCUGGGAUACUCCACAUUCCGUACCAACGGCCAGAUUCAGAAGUAUCAGGGCGCCGGCAAGACCAUUAGCUUGGGCCCGCAAUUCGCGCAGCAGGGCACGCAGCUGGCGAACAUCACCAAGGUGCUGUUCCAGGACCCCACGGCUAUCUGCUACGAGAUCAGCAACGUCCUCGUUCCCCUCAAGUAG